AUGAAGGACCGGCUGGAGCAGCUCAAGGCGGUGAGAGGCUCCAUGGCAAAGCAGGGCACCGAUAACGAUGAUGCCGAGGAGCUGGAGAUCGCCGUCGACAACACAGCCUUCAUGGACGAGUUCUUCUCUGAGAUCGAGGAAACCCGGCAAAACAUCGACAAGAUUUCAGAGAAUGUGGAGGAGGCCAAGAAGCUCUACAGCAUCAUCCUCUCAGCCCCCGUCCCUGAGCAGAAGACCAAAGACGACCUGGAGCAGCUCACAGCAGAGAUCAAGAAAAUGGCUAACAGCGUCCGCAACAAGCUGAAGAGCAUGGAGAGGAACAUCGAGCAGGAUGAGGCACGCUCUUCAGCCGAUCUCCGCAUACGGAAGUCCCAGCACUCAGUCCUGUCUCGGAAGUUCGUCGAUGUCAUGACCAAGUACAACGAGGCGCAGGUCGACUUCCGGGAGCGCAGCAAGGGCCGUAUCCAGCGCCAGCUGGAGAUCACUGGCAAGAACACAACGGAUGAGGAGCUGGAAGAGAUGCUGGAGAGUGGGAACCCCUCCAUCUUCACCUCAGGGAUCAUGGACUCACAGAUCUCAAAGCAGGCACUGAGCGAGAUUGAGGGGCGGCACAAGGACAUUGUGCGGCUGGAGAGCAGCAUCAAGGAGCUGCAUGACAUGUUUGUCGAUAUUGCCAUGCUAGUGGAGAACCAGGGAGCCAUGAUCGACCGCAUCGAGAACAAUAUGGACCAGUCUGUGGGCUUUGUGGAGCGGGCUGUGGCUGACACCAAAAAGGCUGUGAAGUACCAAAGCGAGGCCAGGAGGAAGAAGAUCAUGAUCAUGAUCUGCUGCAUCAUCCUCGCCAUCAUCCUGGCAGCCAGCAUCGGGAGCAUCUUCGCCUGAGACACCCUCUGC